AUGUCCUGUUUAUCGUCACCUCUCGGUGACCCGCGAUCGAUGACCUCCCGACCCAAGUUGACGCUUCAAACGACCUCUCUACCACGAACCUUUGGCAGCUCGUCUACAGGCCUCUCCCUCUCCUUUGCGACCAACGCAGCCGCCUCGCCGACCGUCCGCAACACGUUUAAAAAUGCCUAUGAUGUCGUAUCUCCCACCUCGACAGCCACCUCUCCCUCCUCAAAUGCCCCGCCCAGCCUCCGAUUUCCCAGCACGAAACCCGCAUCUCCAUACAUCCACCAUGCCCACAGCCACUCCACAAGUUUCUUUCACCGCAGUAACCCGUAUCAACUACCCUUGGGGGUGCGUAGUAUUCUGCGCAACUCUCCCCUCGAGCCCUCGUCGCGGCGUCCAUCAGGAUCGAUGUCUGCAGGCGCCAGUGGACCCGGCGGCGCAGGCGCACGCCGGGUCUUCUUCCCCGCCAAGAAGCAAGUGAGCUACCGCAAUCCACUGGAGGAAGAAAUCCGGACCGAGCGCUACACGGCGCAACACUUCGAUCUGUUUGAGGAAGACCAGUCCAAGGAGGCUGUGCAGGAUCAGGCAGCAUCGAAAUCGGAGGAUUCUGCGCCCGAAUCCACCGAGGAGGAGGAUUCAGACACCGCCAGUAAUCAGUCAGGCUCGGAGGCGGGCAGUACUUCCGGAAAUCAAAUCAGCUCAAACUGCGCAUCCGCGACUCACGGUGUUCUUUCAAAAACCGAGCGCAAGAAGCGUCGCACAUUACGCGCAGAGCGACAAGUCCGCGCGGUCGCUUUGCUGGACGGACUUGAUCCGGGUCGCUCCGAUGCAUCUACGCCGCAAACGCCACGACAGGGCCGUGCCAAACGGCGACGCGAGUGGAGAUGGACCCUGGGUCCUGUAGGCAGCUGCUCGGACGAAGCGCAGUCUGACUUGCCAACGCAGCCACCCACAUCACAGCCCACAGAUCUUGCGGCUGAAACGUCUUCGCGUGGGUGA